UUUCUCGCUCUGGUAGAAGCAUCACAUCCACUACAGCUCUCUCAGCAGCAGCAGCUCGGGAGUAGCACUUCACAACAUGAAGACUUUCAUCCUGUCCUGUGUCGUCCUGCUGGCGGUGGUUGCUUCCGCCGAGGAGAAGCACCACAAGAAGCGUGCCCUGUCUGGGUUCAGCUUCGGCACUCAGGUCGACUCCAACUCCGGAUCCGACUACAACUCAGGCAUCAAGUCCCGCGGCUACAACUCUGUUUCCAACUACGGAAACGGACUUGGCUACAGCUCCGGAUCUGCUAGCUUCGGAUCUGGCCUCGGAUACAGCUCUGGUGCCAACUACGGUUCCGGAUCUGCCAGCUUUGGAUCCGGACUCGGCUACAACUCCGGUGCCAGCUAUGGCUCUGGCUCUGCUAGCUUAAAGUCCGGUCUUGACUUCACCUCCGCCGCAAGCUACGGAUCUGGUGCCAGCUAUGGCUCCGGCUACAGUGGCGCUGCCCUGGACUCCGUCUCCGUUACUGCUGCUGCUGCACCCGCCAUCGCCCUCCCUGCCCCCCACAUCGUGUCCGAGCACCACCACACUGACAUCGUGAGGAAGAUCGCCACCCCCUAUGCCAAGCCCUACACCGUGACCGUGGAGAGGAAGAUCCCCGUUGAGCAGCCCUACCCCGUGCCCUACAAGGUCGACAAGCCCUACCCCGUCGAGGUUCCCGUGCCCCAGCCCUACAACGUCGACAAGCCCUAUCCCGUGCACGUCGACAAGCCCUACGAGGUGAAGGUUGCCCAGCCCGUGCCCGUUGCCGUCCACGAGAACGUCCCCGUGCCCGUCCACACCCCCGUGGCCGUGCCCGUCGUCAACAAGGUUGCCGUGCCUGUGCCCCACCCCGUCCAGGUGCCCAUCAUCGCCCACAGCGCUCCCAUCAUCGCCCACAGCGCCCCCGUGAUCGCCUCCGCCCCUGCCAUCUCCUACAGCGCUUCCCCCGCUCUGUCUCUUGGCUCCACCAGCUCCUUCGGCUCCUUCGGCUCCUACGGUGACGCUUCCCUUGGUUCCUUCGGUGGAGCUUCCCUCGGCUCCUACGGUGGCGCUUCCCUCGGCUCCUACGGUGGCGCUUCCCUCGGCUCCUACGGUGGCGCUUCCCUCGGCUCCUUCGGUGGUGCUUCCCUUGGCUCCUAUGGUGGCGCCUCUCUCGGCAGCGGCUCUCUGGGUUACAGCAGCCUUGGGAGCGGCUCUCUGGGUUACAGCAGCCUUGGCAGCUACGGCGGCGCAUAUGGCUACGGCAGCUCUCUUGGCAGCUCCCUCGGCAGCUCUUUCGGCAGCUCCCUCGGCAGCUCCUUCGGUAGCUCCCUCGGCAGCUCCUUCGGCGGCUCCUUCGGCAGCACUCUCCCCAUUCGCAAGCGCUAAACUGGUUCUGCCGGAAAUCGUUUGUGGAACUUCAAGAUCUAGAACCAUCGUGCAUCAUUACCAUGCUACAGGAUAGUCGCUAGUCAAAAGUGUUUGUGAUAAGACUGACCAAAUAAAAGAAUGAACAAAAUA